AUGAGGCUCCUCGAAGUGCGCCGCCAGUUCUUCGCCUCUUCAUACCGCGCUGUCGUCGUUGACGACUUACCAAUCCUCGCUCAUCCGCAAGAAGCUACCAUCGUUGGAGCGGCGCCGAGAAGAGGAGGUUCGCGCAGGCCAGGAUUUGUUGUAAAGAGGCAAGCGAAAGGUGAAGCGCAGGGCCUUUUCGACGAAGUCGUUAUCUGGUUCCAGAAUUCAAUAGCAGCACUUGGCAAAGUAACCGUCAAGACUACACUUACCGAACAAACAACCGAGCUCUUCUACAAUUACAGCAAUGCCGGUCCCAAUCCGCCAGUAGGACUCGAAUGGUGCUCCCCGAUCAACAACCCCUGGGUCUUCUGCAACGCCACGACCGGCGACAUAAUACCUGAUGUCGUGACCUACCACAACGAGACUCCGGACGUCAGCGACAUCGAGGUCCCAAGCACUGUCUGCAUCACCCACGAUGCAAACGCUCUGUGUCCAGACGCAACUUUCAGCAUGCUGCAUGCUAUUGGCGGCGCAGCCGUCCUCCACAAGGCGCCAAAUGGGAACAUCUACGCGUUUGACGAGCCGGUUGACCGCUACAAUCUGUCCUCCUUCGCGCUGCAGAGCUCAAGGCUGUUCUCUGGGAAGGCGCAUUUCGUCAUCGGAGGCUCGCAGGGGAGAUUACUACACGGAUAUAACGACACCCUGAAUAGCUAUGGCGUUAGUAGAAUCAGGCUGUCAAGACCGAGUAUUAUGCCGAAUGGUUCGAUCCCUGUGACUCUUGUGCCGAUGGCAAGUCCAGAUGGCGGACCUUCGAUUGUGGUCGCGAUGGACACGUCGGCUAAUGUGUAUUACUUGAUCACCUGUACCAUGGCUAACUCGUAUGCGAAGGUCUUUCUUGCAAAGUCUAUGGUGGACGGUCCGCUGGCGUUAAUGGAUCCGGGGUUGAUGCCUACGGUUACGGGCGGCGAGAUCACGUCUUGUAGGGUUGUGCCGUAUACCAAUGGGGAUAGGCCUGCGUAG